CAUAAAUAAGAGGUCUAGUUUGAUCUCCGGUUCGUUUUUUUAAAUCAUUGGAAUUAGUGUGAGGAGCACCGUGGCGCUCAAAUUGAACAAAAUCUAUGACUAAUUAACGGUGAAGUUGUUUCGUUUCGUUUCAACAAUGCUGAGAACGAACAACAACAGCAAGCGCGGAGUGUUCACUCACUUCAAAACUCUCAUCAACAACUCACGGUGCUUCUGUUCAUCUUCACCCAAACAACCACUGCAAUAUCAUUCCUCUUCAGAAACCGAAUCAGAUUCCUCACUUUCUCGUGGCCGCAUUGACAUUUCAAACUGGAAGACUUUCGAUGCAUGGAAGCUUGGCGUUACCGGCUCUAUGAUUUCAAAACCGUCUCACUUCGUCCUCAAACUUCUUCAGGACAAAGGGUUAAAGUCCUACUUAGUAGGUGGGUGUGUGAGAGAUCUAGUACUGAAUAGAACUCCAAAAGAUUUUGAUGUUGUCACCACAGCGAAGCUUAUUGAGGUGAAGAGGCUGUUUCGUCGUUUUGGUCAUCGUGCUGACGUUGUUGGGCGGCGUUUUCCAGUAUGCCUGGUUCAUAUGCAAGGUUCGGUAAUAGAGGUAACCAGUUUUCACACGGAAUCAGAAACUCCCAAAGCAAUGAAAAAUGUUUUACACUCUCUGAUGCCCAAAUGUAAGAAUAAAGAAAACCGAUUCCUCUGCAAAAACUCUUUGCGCAGAGACUUUACAAUUAAUAGUUUAUUUUAUGAUCCCUUUGCCAAUAAAAUAUAUGAUUAUGCCAAUGGAAUGGCUGAUUUGAGGUCCUUAAAGCUAGAAACCGUGAUCCCUGCUCAGAUUUCCUUUAAAGAGGAUCCAGGGAGAAUUUUGCGUGGCUUCAGAAUUGCAGCUCGUCUAGGUUUAUCAUUAUCAAGGGAGAUUGAGGCUGCAAUCUGGACAUGCUCUUCCCUAGUUGAGGACUUGAACAAGGAUAGAAUGAUGAUUGAAAUGAACUAUAUGCUGUCUUAUGGAGCUGCUGAGCCGUCUCUGCGCUUACUCUGGAAAUUCAAAUUGCUUCAAUUUUUGCUUCCGGUGCAAGCAGCAUAUCUUGACGAACAAGCUACUAAAGAAGAUGCUCAGGAUUCCAAUAUGUUGAUGAAAUUAUUCUUCCAUAUGGAUAAUUUGGUUGGAUGCGGUCGACCUUCUGAUUGCACUCUAUGGAUUGGAUUGCUAGCAUUUCACCUGGCAUUAGUAAAUAACCCCCAAGAUGCUCUUGUGGUGUGGGCAUUUGCUUCUGUUCUAUAUCAUGGAGAUUGGGAAGGAGGCAUCAAGUUUGCUAAAGAACAUGCUAAAAUGUCUGUUAACUUUGAACCUGAAAUAAAGAGGUCCAGUAUAUGCAAAUCAGAUGAAGAUAUUGCAGAAGCAGUCACUAAAUUGGCAUCUUUGGUGAUUGACUCCAUACAUCCGCUGGUUAAUAUUGAAAGUCUUUCUCAAUCUCUGUCUAGAUAUCCAUCUGUUCCACCCCCUCACAUGGUAUUAGUUGUAUCAAAGAAAACAGGGAAAGCUGUCUCUGAAAUUUUCGAAGUGCUGGUCAAUGAUAUUAAAUUUUACAAGAGUGAAAGGAAAAGCGCAAAGAUAAAUUAUGACAUGCUUGGGAGUGGCCAUACUUCAGAGACUAGAUUUGUUUUGGGCAAAAUUGUUCUUCAAACUAUGCAAAGUGGAAUCAUUGGAGAUGCGGACGGUUUUGGGACUGAAAAAUGCCACCCUGACACUGAGGGCACCAAGGAUUUUGGCCAAUUGGUGACAAGGGAAGAUAAAAGAAAGGUGUUAUCAACACCAAAUUUAGAACAUAGGCCACAAAAGCUGAAGAAACAGAAAUUGGCUGAGAAUGCAUGCAUUGAAGAGCAGAAAACAGGCCUGGAUGAAUUUUGUAAGUACAAGGAAACCAAUGAAGAGCACCAAAAGCCAGUUAAGUUGCACCAGGAGGUUCAUUUAUCUAUGGUGAACUCUAUGCCAAAAAAUAAAAGUAAUAAAAGAAAACAGUUGAUAAAUGACGAAAAGAAAAACGACGACAAGAAAAUUGCCAGGGCGAGUAAAACUUCUACAGACUACGCCAAGCAUCUGAAUAUAGAUACAUCAGCGCAAUCUACAAUGUCUAAGAAUCAUCCGGUGAUAGCCAAUAACCACAACAAAAAUGUGGAUGUAACAACAGAUGAGUCGGUUGACGAAGUUGUCAACGAUAAAGGAAGACAACAACCACAAAAAAGUAAGAAAAGUCGGUCUCCGCUCUCCAGCUUAUUCAAGUAAUGUAGAAGAUAAUAUAUUUCCUUUAGCAUAGUUUAGAGAUAGAAUAUAUAUUGUCUUCCUUGCAAGAGGAAGCAGAAGAUAUUCUUGCCGUGGUCUUGGAUAGAAACAUAAUUGUAGUCUAAAAUUAAGCUUUAUUUCAUCUAGACUGUUCUUAUGCUGCUAUUUUGUGGAAUAUUGACAUAAUUGGGAGAAAGACACAAUACUACAUGUGUUUGGAUAAACCAUAUAAUCAAACGCUUGUCAUAUAAAUAUUUAUGUAUAAGCUAUUUUUAUAAGAA